CGCCCUCCGUCCGCUCCGCUCGGGCUCGGGCUCGGGCUCCGGCGCGGGGGCGGGGGCGGGGGCGGGGGCGCGGGGCGGGGCGCGGGCCGAGCGGCGGCCGCUUCGGACAUGUCGGGCCCGCGCGCAGGCUUCUACCGGCAGGAACUCAACAAGACGGUGUGGGAGGUGCCUCAGCGGCUGCAGGGGCUGCGCCCGGUGGGCUCGGGCGCCUACGGCUCGGUCUGCUCGGCCUACGACACGCGGCUGCGCCAGAAGGUGGCCGUGAAGAAGCUGUCGCGACCCUUCCAGUCGCUGAUCCACGCGCGGAGGACCUACCGCGAGCUGCGGCUGCUCAAACACCUGAAGCACGAGAACGUCAUCGGGCUGCUGGACGUGUUCACGCCGGCCACCUCCAUUGAGGACUUCAGCGAAGUGUACCUGGUGACCACCCUGAUGGGCGCCGACCUGAACAACAUCGUCAAGUGCCAGGCGCUGAGCGACGAGCACGUCCAGUUCCUGGUUUACCAGCUGCUGCGCGGGCUCAAGUACAUCCACUCCGCGGGGAUCAUCCACCGGGACCUGAAGCCCAGCAACGUGGCCGUGAAUGAGGACUGUGAGCUUAGGAUCCUGGACUUUGGGCUAGCCCGCCAGGCUGAUGAGGAGAUGACCGGCUAUGUGGCCACCCGCUGGUACCGUGCGCCUGAGAUCAUGCUCAACUGGAUGCACUACAACCAGACAGUGGACAUCUGGUCUGUGGGCUGCAUCAUGGCUGAGCUGCUUCAGGGAAAGGCCCUCUUCCCAGGAAACGACUACAUCGACCAGCUGAAGCGAAUCAUGGAGGUGGUGGGCACGCCCAGCCCUGAGGUUCUAGCAAAAAUAUCAUCGGAACAUGCCCGGACAUACAUCCAGUCCCUGCCCCCCAUGCCCCAGAAGGACCUCAGGAGCAUCUUCCGUGGAGCCAACCCCCUGGCUGUGGAUCUCCUGGGAAGGAUGCUGGUGCUGGACAGUGACCAGAGGGUCAGUGCGGCCGAGGCCCUGGCCCAUGCCUACUUCAGCCAGUACCACGACCCCGACGAUGAGCCCGAGGCUGAGCCCUAUGAUGAAAGCGUUGAGGCCAAGGAGCGGACCGUGGAGGAGUGGAAGGAGCUCACCUACCAGGAGGUCCUCAGCUUCAAGCCCCCGGAGCCACCGCAGUCACCUGGCAGCCUGGAUAUUGAGCAGUGAGGGGAAUGUGCCGGCCGGCCACUUGAACUGCAGGAUUCCCUCAGCCUGCCGGAUUCCCACGAGGAGUGCCUCCCAGCACCUCUGUGGCCAGCAGGCCCGACCCUAGCCUGGGACCCCUCGCCUGCACACUGCUCCUUGUGGGCAGUCCUCGUAUGCAUGUGAACGCACAGAAGUGUGCUUGUGUGCAAGCCACUGGGGCAGGAGUCUAGGCAGAGCGUCCUUGCUCCCCCCCUGCCUCCUCCCAGCAAUCUGGGUCUCCCUCAGGACCUCACCUGGAUGCCAUAAGGGGUCCCUCUGGGGAGUGUGUCUGUCUCCAGAUCUCCUGAGUCCCAGAGGACUGUCUCUGGAGGGCCCCCUGGAGACUGAAGUGGGGGUCUUAGUUGUCAGAGCUUCUCAGCCCCCAAGUACGGCGCUACUCUGGAAAAUGCGGAGCCCCGAGUCUGAAAGCUGGGCGGGGUCUUUCCUGGAGGCUGGCAGGGUAGGGACAGCCACCAGGUAUCAAAUCAGAAAGUCAUUCUGGAGCCGUGUGUUCACCUGUGCUGUGUGUGGCACGUGUGCACUAACGUGUGCUCCUGGUACCUACGUGUCAAGGCGUGUGCAGGCACGUGUGAAUCCGUGGCUGCCUGAGGGGAGGGCCAGCUUCCAAGACCAGCAAGAAGCUUGAACGGAGGGGGCCGCACUGUCGCUUCCCCUUCCCUCCGUGCCUGCUGUAGGGGUGCAGGGGUGGGGGUGCUGCUGCUGAGAUCCUGUGUGUACCGUUCGAGGGGCUCAGGCGGGCGGCGGCAUCCAGUGGACAAAAGCCAGCGCUUUCUCCUUGGCUGUGGGGGCUGCCGCAGGUGCUUCUAAGGUGUGAAGAGCUGGUUGGCACAGGGGGCUCCAGCCUGGAGGGGGCGGGGGGAGGGGGCACACACCAGUGCAGACUUGGACUCAGGCUCCGGACCUUGGCCCAGAGCUCUGCACGCUCUACCUCUGUCCACCUGGCCCUGCCACUGAGAGCCGGGGGUUCUGGUCUGUGGGUGACCCUCAUCCUCCCUUCUUCCAGGAUGGAGCUGAUCUAGUAAGCUCUGGACACGAACCUGCUCAACAUGUUGGGGGUGUGGGUCCUCCGUCGAGGGGCUUCUCUGUGGGGUGGUGGCACCCUAUGCAGGAGGUGGUGACCUCCCACCUUCCAGAGGCCUCAACGUCAAGUGCCUGCACCAGGGUUUCACAAUAAAGGGGUUCUCUCUCA